AUGGUAAAGAUUGAAAACCCCGAACCAGAUCUGCCUUCCCGUUUGGGUGGUAAAUUGGUACUCCAAAUGGGAAACGACUGGCACCCUACUACCUCCUCUCGCAUUUGUGGGAGGCACUUUGUUUUAAAAAAACCAAACCUACAUCCGGACCACCCUGAUUUUGCCCCAUCCCUCUUCCUUCGCCCAGAGGACGAUGCCUUGAGUCCGAACACAGCUCAGACAGAAGGGAAAAGAAACCUGCAGAGCUAUGACAGGGCAGGGAAGAAGAAGAAGUGUCUUGACCUUAGUGAGGUUGGAGGUGCUGACCUGAGGGACAGUUAUGUUGACACCACAGAAGAAACUGAAGAGCAGGACCUGGGCACCUGUGUAUCGUGUGAGGCCCUGAGGAAGUCCUUAAAUGAUUUGCAGUCCAGGCAUGAUGCUCUGCAAGUCGAAGCUGUCAAUCUCAGGGCGGAGAGAGACUUUUACAAAGAUAACACAUCUCAAUCCUCUCUCUUUGUUGACACCUUUACAGACGGAGACAAUCAAAUGCAUACCGUGAGAGACGUGCCAAGCAUGGCUAAACCAAAUGGUAUGAACCAACAAUGUACUGGGAUGGUUGAGGAGCCAUGUCUUAUGGAGGUUGAGGGGUCAUGUUCUGUGAAGGUUGAGGAGCUUUGUCCUGUGAAGGUUGAGGGGGACUAUGAUCAAGUGUUGAUUAAGGAAGAGGGACAACAGGUCCAAAUAGAACUUUGUAGCCCCUUGGCUAGUCAGGACAAAGUGACCCAUGUCUCCCAGGAUAAACCUACCCAGCAUAGCAACAUUAUGAAGGCCACCAGGCGACCAUGUCUGUUAGCUCAGCAUAAACCCAUCCAGAUAGUCAACACAAUGUCACUCACCGGGGUGGUAGCCCCCAGGCCCCCAAGUCAGGUAACCAAGGAUAAACCCAUCCAGCUUGCCAAAACCAACGACCAAUGUUCUGUGAAGGUUGAGGUGGACUAUGAUCAAAUGUCGAUUAAGGAAGCAGAGCAACAGGUCCAAAUAGAAAUCUGUAGCCCCUUGGCUAGUCAAGACAAAGUGACCAAUGUCUCUCGCAGGUUGCCAAUUCAUGUCCCCAAGGAUAAAACUAUCCAGCUUGCCAAAGCUGUAGUAGAAAGCCACCUAAUGACGAACCAUCUGCCUGGCAGCCAAACCACUGCUGAGGCUUUGCAGAAGACUCCUCUGUCAGCUCAAAGGAUACCUGUUGCAGGCAAACAAAUUCAGAGAAGCAUUACACACACAGAGAGGGAUGAGUUGCUUUGGCUGGGCUACAUGAAGUGGAAUGUGCGUCUUCCUGCAAGCACAAUUAGAACCGCACACAAGUUUCAGACGCCUAGGGCAACAGUGCAAUACCUUCUACACGCGGUCUUCUCCCAAUGUGAACUCGCCACCAGCAAUCUCAAGGGCAUCCCUGCACUGGGCCUUAACAAACUGGACCCGGACAAACUUUCUGCCAUAAGACAGUUUGUCACCACCAAGUUUCGCCGUUUAGACAUGCGUCAAUGUGGUAAAGACUGGGUCAAGUGCCGGCGCCAGAUAACCAGCAUGCUCAGGAACAUUGGGAAGGAGGACAGGAAGACGAGGGGGCUCUCAGGAAACCUUUUUAUGAGAGAGAAGGUGUUAACGGAUCAGAGUUUACCCAGUCAGCCAUCGCCUCCCUCAUUCCCCUCGAUCUCCCAACAGCACACAGCUGCCUUCUACAACCCAACAGAAGAAGAAGAGAUCCUCUGUCUGGAGAGUUAGGUUACACAAUAUCUGUAAUGAUGUUUGCAUUUUCUUGUAAUAAACAGUUUGUUGGGAGUAAAAAAUAUAA